CUUAGUCAUUGCGUUGUGGUAGGAUGUAGAUUAAAUUAUUUCGAAUGAAUAUUAAAUGAAUGAAUAUGAAAAACAAUGAAUAUGAAAGUGCAUAUAACGUUAUGCUUCUGACAAACUGCAGAACUGAACCACUCAGAACCUCGAACUUCAAAUGGAGAAUGGCUGAACAUCAGAUCGAAGACCCAAAGAUUGCGUUUGCAUAUCUCCGCCCAUCAUGUGUGCUCUUGACCAAAGAACCCACAUCGGCUAACGUCGCAGCUCUGAGCGGUCAUCUCCGCAGCGUGAGCGAUGGAGCCCUUCAACAGCUCCAGGACUAUAUUCUGUUUCCUCUCAGAUUCGUCCUCAAAACCCCUGGACCCAAGCGGGAGGGACUCAUCCAGGUGGUUAUGGAAGCUAUGACGUACAUUCUAGAAAACACAUGCGUACAGAGAUGGGAAUCUCUACGUGAUCUUUUCUCCGAGUUGUGUCUUUGUCUCUGUUCGCCACAAGACCCUGGAAAGCCUGCUAUGACCUCUGAGGAAUUAAAAAUAUCCGUUCUUGGAUGCUUGGACACUCUCUUGCACUCUGCCUACGGUGAUAUUGUUUUUAAACUCUACGAGCCAAGCAUGUUGCCUGGACUUGGUGCUGCCGUGUCUUUACUUCUGGCACUGGCAGAACAAGAAAAAGCAAGAAGUGUACAAACAGCAUCCCUCAAAUGUCUGCUUUCGUUGUUUCUCCAAUGCGAUUGCAAGAAGGAGCACAUUGAACCAAGACAACAUGAGAGGUAUUUGCUUGGAAGUGCCUUAGCUACAUUUUUACCUGGCAUUUCUCGUGCACUUAGUCUUGUAGUGAGUGGAGAUGUAAGACAAGGUCAGGCAGUUACGGUAAAGUCCAUGAGAUUUUGGUACAAGACUGUAGGUUUAGUUAUGGCCGAUGAGCAGCUUGAGAAGACCGGGAUUGACAAGGCAGCUGGAGAUCUAGGAAGAGUUGGGGAACUUAUUGUGAAGAGGACGCCAUCAUGGCGGAAAUCCACAUCCCAACGUCUUGCCAUAGUCUUACAAAGGAUAAUUUCUUGCACUUCUGCUCACCCACAUUGGAAGGUCAGACUUGAAUUGGUCAAUCUAUCCCAUCAUCUUCUUUCUCAAUGUAGCCAAGCAGUUGUCGAAUGUGUUGGUCCUCUACUUGAAGCAUUGGUAGGUGCAAUCAAUGAUGAGGAACCAGAGGUUAAAAACAGAUGCAAUGCAGCAUUGGAUGAUGUUGCGCAAAAAGGUCAAACUAAUGGCAGACAGGACUUCACUGAUGUACUAUCCGAAAACCUCCACAGCCUGGCAUCAUCUUUACCUCGACUCAUGAGAACGUCUGACGAUCAACGCAAGCUCUUUGUUCUUAACGUGUUCCUUGGGUACCUCAAGAUUCUGGGUCCUAAAAUCGAUGUGGUCUUAACUUCAGCAGUGCAUCUUGAGCGUAUCUCCAAAGCUUUGAUGCAAGUGAUGGAACUGGACGUAACAGACGUGAAGAUCAUUGAAGAGAAAUCUCUAACAUCCUCAGCAGAUCUGAGACCUGAUGUGCAGCAAAUCCCAUCCCAGAGGAAGUAUUUCCUCUACUUCACUGAUGACAAGAUAUUUUCAGCACUCGGGAAGAUCUGCCGAAUGUUGGGGUACUACGGAAAUCUUUACCUUCUUGUUGACCGCUUCAUGGAGUUGUACAAGGAGUCAUCUGUGUACAGAAAGCAAGCUGCUUUGGUCCUCAAUGAAAUAAUUGUUGGUGCUGCAGGCAUCGGUGUAGAAACAGACACUCCUUCUCAGCCUAAAACAAAUCAAGAAGACUUGAAAUCUUCAAUUGUGUCUAUCAUUGAGGAGUACAUCAGUCUGAGCAACUGGCAUCUUCCUACAGUCUCAGAAGCUUUGGAAGGAAAUCCUGAAUCUACAGUUUUACCUGUGAACAAUAAUCUAGAACGAAACAGUCUUCAAUUGCUUCCAGCAUCCAAACCCCAAACGCUCCACCAACUCAACAGCAACAUCUGGCAAAUCUGUAUCCAGCUAGAGGGGAUUGGAGGCUUCGCUUUAGCUUUGGGCACAGAGUUCAGCCUACUCCUUAUGAGAUCUCUAUAUCCAGUGCUGGAAAAGGCCGGGGAUGAGUCGCUUCUUAUAAGCCAAGUGGCUUUCAAUGCAAUGUGUGACUUCUGCAAGGCUUGUGAAUACAGUUCACCCAAGGAGCUGGUCAUCAAGAACUCCGACUACCUUCUUAAUGAUGUUUCGCUAAAUCUAGCCAGACCCAGUGUUCACCCUCAUGCUCCAAGAGUUCUUGCGGUCAUGUUUACCCAUUCGGAUGCUAGUCUGCUGCCCCUUGUGGCCGAUGUAGUGCAGGACGUGUUAACAGCACUUGAUCUCAGCUAUGACCAGAGGACGCCACAGUUCUGUAGUGUGCUGAACUCACUCAUGAAGGCACUUGUGAGAUGGUUCCCCAAUAUGAUGGGACACCAGAAACUACCUACUAAACCAAGACAGAAUAGCACAUGUGUGAGUUUGAGACAGUUUCUGUUGGACUAUAAGAAACAGAAGGAGCUUGCAGAAGGCAUUGGAGUUGAGGAUGAAGAUCCUGAUGAUCUAGAUAUUCCUCCGCCAGCAUCUGCUUCUGAUGAGGACACGGAGGCUCCCGCAGUGAAAAAGGAGCUUCCUCUUCAUAUCCAGAUUGCAAAAGAUGUGAUGGAGCGGUGCAUUCAUCUGCUGUCAGACCCCAGCUUAAGGAUUCGACUCAAGGUGCUGGACAUCCUGGAAUUGUGUGUGUGCAUUUUACGCGAGCAAGAGGAUGAGCUUCUUCCCAUGGUGCACCGCUGCUGGCCUGCUCUCCUCCACCGUCUCACCAAUGAUGAUCCUCUUGCUGUUCCACGAGCAUUCAAGGUCUUGUGUGUUCUGGGCGACUCGUGUGGUGACUUCCUCAGGAGACGUGUGUCUAAGGAGGUUUUACCGCGUCUCACCGCAUCUCUGGUGAAGCAGGCGGAGAUCAGCGCUCGAUCUGGACCCGUCUACACACACACACUGGCUUAUAAACUCCAGCUCGCUGUACUGCAGGGUCUCGGCUCUCUGUGUGUGAAACUGGACCUCAUGGAUGCCGAUCUGGAUCAUGUAUUAGAUGCCUGUGUUCCAUACCUGAGCUGCCGACAGCCAAUCAGACUGCAGGAGGCGUGUCUUAGUGUUUUCCGCUCUCUGAUGGAUCUGGACUCGGAUCUGUGCUGGUUUAUUCUCAAUCAGCUCUACUGUCCUGUAGUUUAUGAUCCUCCUCAUCCAUUACUGCUGCCUGUCAAGCUGAGCGGAGCGAACAAACCCAGAAACCAGUUCACUGACAACAUCCUCAAACUCCUGCAGGAGCUGGACGGAGAACCAGAGAAACCAGAUAUAGACGCUUCACAUGACAGAUAACCGGCCUUCAGGCAGUACUUCUCAAUGCUAUAUUUAAAGGAGCAGUUCACUCAAAAAUAAACAUUUACUCACUAUUUA